AUGACGAUCGGCCCGACUCCUGCUCGAAUUGCAAAAGGACUGUACAUUCCAGUGGCUCUCAACAAGGAAGCACAGCCGCCAGCAACGCCGGAAAAGAGUAGCUGGGGCCAUCAAAAUCACACCAUCGGAAGAAGCGGACACGCCUACCACCACCUGUCAAAGGAAAUCUUCGAAUGGAAGCCCGCCGUUCGAUGGCGUAGGCAAUGA